AAGUUGUGGAAGUUUCACUUACUAAAUAUGAUGUCAAACAACUACUGCACUACAUAGAUUCCUCACUAGAGGUCUUUUUUUAAUAAAGAGGAAGGAAGUGACCCUUUGGUGUCAGAGCUGCGUGCACCCUCACAUGAACCCACAGUCCCUUCUGUCUCUGUAAGAAGACUGUUGAUUUUGAUUAUUCAUUUAUAUUGUUUAAGUUUUUAUGAAUGCAGUGGUGGUACUAAAGCCAUUACAUUAUAUCAUCAACAUUCUGAUUGGAGGCUGAAGACUUCAACAGCCAUGUUUUUGGCAGAAGCUGGAUGUGUGUUUAUGGCUUUUAUCCUGUACAUCUCAGGGAUUGAGGGACGACAAAAAAACAUCUGUGCCUUAAGUCUGAAGUCUGUGCUGAGGAUACAAACUGCUGGACUGUAAAUUAUGUCAGCAGGACAAUCUGCGCUCUGGAAGGUUCUUCAGUGAACAUUUCAAGUGAAUAUUCUAAUUCUAACUUCUGGCUACAAAAGUCAAAAUCAUGGUAUAAAGUAAAGAGAAGUGUGGAGGGAGAAGUUGAAAAGCCACUUAAGGCUGGAGAUAGAGUGAAGUAUCAUGACAACAUGAAGAAUCGUCACAUCCUGGGAAUCAAUGACCUGAAGAAGUAUGACUCAGCAGAAUACAGAUUCAAACUGCAGACAGACGAUGGAUGGAAACCUGGAGUGACUUUGGUUGUCACAGGUCUGAAAGUAAAGUUUGCGCCUUCUGCAGUGGUGAGAGAGGGCCAGAGAGUCACACUGACCUGCAUUUCCAGCUGUCCUCUGCCUGACCACACAAACUACGUUUGGUUCCUCAACAGUCGACCUCUGACCCUGUCAGAGAACCAAAACAAACACCUGGUUCUGAACCCAGUCAGCAGUCAGCAUGCAGGAAACUAUGCCUGUGCUGUCAAAACUCCUCAAAACACCACCUCUCGUGAAAAAACUCUCACUGUCCGAAGUAAAAAAGCAAACUGGACACUAGCAGCAGCUGCAGGAGUCUGUGCUGCUCUCCUGCUUUUAAUACCCCUCUCUGUCUUCUGUUGGAUUAGAAAAAAUAGGGCUUCCAGUCACUCUCCAAGAACUGAAACAUCAGACAACAUGGAAAAGCUAAACCCUGGUUCCAUGUAUGAAAACAUCUCAGGUCAAUCAAGAGAGCAGGAUGACAACCCCUAUAGCAGACUCCACUUCUCUAAGGACCACACAGAUGCUCUCUACUCCACCAUCGAGCCUGUGUCUUCUAACUAAAUCAAACUUUGUUGCCAUGGUAUUUUGCAAGGGACCCUCCCCUGAUAGUCUUAGUGACUGUAACCUUCUGUAUUUAUAAUUCAUAAGUAUCUAUUAGGUGCAAUUAUUCAACUGCCGCAAUAUUCUGUGCAAUUAUUCAACUGCAAUAUUUCUCAUUAUACGACUUUAUCAUGCACGUAACUGUUACUUGUAUUCUGUUCUUGUUUAUUCUAUUGAUGUAUAUAUUGUAGUUAAAUUUCACACUUACAGCCUCAGCACAGUGACAAUAUAUAUUUUAUUUUUAAUAUUUUUAAAUCUUAAGUACUAGCGCUAAACACUGUGGCAUAAUGAACAUUCUAUUUUUUUAUUUUAAUGUACAUUUGUAUUUCCAUAUUAUUUUACUGCUUUAUAUUUACAUACUGCUAUUUCAUACUCUUAUUCUUACUUCUUAUAAUUCUCUAUUCUAUAUAGACUCAUUUACAAUACCGAGCGGGGACGCCCUCCCCCUCUCUGCUCCAACACUGACUGACAGCUGACUCCACUCAUUCACACUCACCACUGCCCCAGGGCUGCUACAAUAUGCUAUCUACAGAGAUAGCACUGGCGAUCUGAACCAGUCAGUGGCGAAAAAAAGCACUUUUAUACGGGACGCAUUUGCCCCCAUUACCGUUUUAGCUCGUUUCGCGCCUCAAUACUGAACCAAUUUUAGAACGAGUGGUACCCAUGAAUCAUACGCACACAUACACACGGGGAAAUAGAGCCCAGGUUGAAAAAUACCGAAGUUGUCCUUUAAGUCAAGAAUGCCCAAAAGUCUAAAGAGGGUGGAGCACCAGACUCCAAACUUAUGUAUGUGUACAUAUAUAUAUAUAUACACAUACAAAGUAUGCAUUAAUCAACCACCCGACCCGCAAACUGUCAACUUUAUAUUAGCACAAUUGUCAGGACUGCGGACAAAGAUGAGCGCUCAUCAAUGCAUUGUCUCCAGAAGUUAUUAAUAAGUUUCUCAGAACGCUGCCUUGUAACUGUGUGUCCCACCCACUGAACCGUCCAUGAUAUCUAGCGCGAUCGGUCACUAAUUAUACUGUAAGAUGGCAUGG